UGAAGUGACACUAGUGACAGAUCGUCCUCAUUUCUCGCCGCAAUUCGCGUGCACAGAACUAACAGAAAUGGAUGAGGAGCUAGGAGAACUGACAGAGAAUGACUUUAUCAUUCCACCUGUGAAGUAUGAAUAUUUAGAUCACACAGCUGAUGUCCAAUUACAUGCAUGGGGCAAUAGUUUGAAAGAGGCGUUUGAGCAAUGUGGCAUGGCAAUGUUUGGUUAUAUGACAGACCUGAAUUAUGUACAAAUUAAACAAGUGCACACAAUAGAGGCAUCAGCAGACGAUAUGAUGGGCCUGUUAUACCACUUCCUUGAUGAGUUGCUAUUCUUGUUUUCUGCCGAACCAUACCUUAUUUGUAAGAAAGUAGUGAUCACAGAAUUCAAUACAGAAGAGUUUAGAAUAGUUUGUAAAUGUUAUGGCGAAGAGUUUGAGAUUGGUAAACACCCUCAAGGAUCGGAAGUCAAAGCUAUCACAUAUUCAGCCAUGCAAAUUGUAGAAGAACCAAAAGAUAAUAAGUUUGAAGUGUUUGUUAUUAUUGAUAUAUAAUAUAUAUUUUUAUAUUUUAUAA